ACACAAGGCUGAAGUCGUAGCCCGCUUUCAUUUAGUUGCGCGUCUGUGCGUUCAGUGCUGUAGGAACUGUGAAAUAAUGUUUGUUUCUACCAAACGUACUACUUGAGUGGACCGGAUUGUGUUUGUUAUUCACAGAAAGACACCUGAUUCCAGGGAGAGCGUUUUGUCUCUUAUUGUAAUAGAGGGUUCCGCAGAUUUGGAGAUGGAUUUCGCUUUGGUUUUCCUGUGCGCCUUCACCAGCGCGUGUGUUUCCCUUUCCAGAGCAGAAAGACACAGUGUUUUCUGGAAUAGCACGAAUCUAAAGUUUCAGGAGGACGACUACACGGUGGAGGUGCAUCUGAACGACUACCUGGACAUCGUGUGUCCACAUUACCCUCUGGGCACGGUGGCGUCUCAGGAGGCCGAGCGCUACGUGCUGUACCUGGUGGAGCGUGAGGACUAUGAGGUGUGCCGGCCGCAGUCUUAUGAGCAGAUGCGCUGGGAAUGUGGCCAGCCAUUCUCUCUGCACGCGCCUGAAAAGUUCUCAGAGAAGUUCCAGAGGUUCACACCCUUUACCCUGGGCAAGGAGUUCCGCCCCGGCCAGAGCUACUACUAUAUCUCCAAACCGCUGCAUCACCACGGACAGGAGUGCCUGAAGCUAAGAGUGGAUGUCGUGGCUAACGAUGGAUCACAAGAGGCUAGAGUCGGACCUGGCAAAGGAAGCGGAGGAAGCGUGCACACAACCUCAAACCACUUACCAGCAGACGAUCCAGUGGUGUUGCCAGAUGUUCGGAAAAGUGUGCAAACAAACACUGCAGUCAGACCAGCAUUUCUGACCAUCCUUACAAUCCCACUCCCUUUAUUACUACUACUGGUUUUACAGUAAGAACAUUUUUAAAGCACUAGAGUGAUUUCAAGAAUGAGAUGAAGGUGGCAUGUGUCAAUCAAAACACACAGAAGGAGUUCGCAGAAGCCCAGCGCUGGCCACUGGGGGAAGGAACAGAGGAACCGUUCAGCGCUUCAGUCGCUUUCCUACUCUGCUUCCUGAAAGGAUGCAUUCUGUGAAGAGAAUUUUUUUUUUCUUUUUUCUUUUUUUUUUUUUUUUUGCUCAAAGCAUACUUUUUAACCAAACUUAAGUAACAGUGCUCUGUAGUUGGAGGAAUGAUGAACGAGAAGGACAUCAGGAUUGUUCAGUGUUGUGGGCUGUUAGUGUGUAAAGGACUCAGAAGAGCCAAAGAUCACAGAGCGCAUCACUGAAGUGUACAAGGGCUUUGUUGCUUUAUUUCUCCAUGUAGCAGUAAAGAAGCACAAGUUGUUUUUAGAACAUUACCAAAUCAGCUGGAAUUUAUGAUUUACCAUCUCUCUCUCUCACACACACACACACACACACACACACACACACACACACACACAUUACAGAUGUGAUAUAUAAAAACACUUAUUGUAGCAUUCAUUCACACACGACCUGUUUUGUUGUUGUACAUGUUUUAUUUGAAGAGAUCUUAAGUUAUUAAGUGUUCUAUUGAAUGAACAGUUAUAGUUUAUAAGGAGCAAAAGAUGCAAGCAGUCGAAGACGAAGAAAAAAAGCAGUGCGAGUGUGCAUGCGAGUGUUUGCGUGCAUGAGCAAGCAUGUGAGGGUGAGCGAGAGCGUGAGUGAGUGAGAGAGAGUGUGAGAUUAUAAAUAUAUGCUAAUUUAGCACAGACCGACAGCUUUACUAGAGUGGAAGUGCAUCUGUAAACUCUACUGGUUCCUAUUUUGAGCAUUAGAAUGAGGAUAAAUUGACUUUUCUCUCAAGUUUAAUCUCACGUUAAAUCUGAAAUUCAGCAAUGAUAUAAAUCCUCUGACUCUUUGGCCCUUGUCACAGUCAUGCAGAACACAUCAACAUCUCACUAUUCAAUUAUUCUGUGUGUGCGCGCGCGUGUGCGUGUACACACAGACAGAUAGACUGACGCAGAUCAGCCAUAGCAUUAAAACCACUGACAAACAUGAAUAAAUAUAUUUUAUGAAUUAUUGAACGAGAACUAAUGAGAUUAAUUAAGCUAAUUUUGGCUGUAGUUUAUAUCUAAUAUGUACACAUAAUACAGCAGAACAACAAACCUCUACAGAAAACACGACAUAAAGUCCUGCUAGCUGUUGUAGCUAAAUUCUGACUGACUGAAUGCUAACUGAUGAACAUGGACUAAAACAUGACUGAUCUCCUCAAUCCCUGCUUUUCUAUUGUGUUCUAUGUGAACUGUAUAUUAUGUACAUAUAGAAGUCUAUAUAAAAACAUGAUGUUUGGUAAAUACUGUAAAUGUGAAAUUCUUAUGUGAAAUAAAUAUUAUUUUUUUUGAA